UACGGUUGAUUUCUGUGGCUUAAAGACUUCUCCUUUUUGGUUCCAUCUUUUUUCAUCUUUUUUCUUUUUUUUUUUUCUCCACGUAAACAUUUGGGUGUAAUAUCAAACGACAAGAUGUCCAGUAAUGUCCCGGCGGAUAUGAUAAAUUUACGCCUCAUCUUGGUAAGCGGAAAAACAAAAGAAUUCCUCUUUUCACCUAAUGAUUCAGCUUCGGACAUUGCAAAGCAUGUGUAUGACAAUUGGCCCAUGGACUGGGAAGAAGAGCAAGUCAGCAGUCCUAGUAUUCUGCGACUUAUUUAUCAAGGGCGAUUUCUACAUGGAAAUGUCACAUUAGGAGCAUUAAAACUUCCUUUUGGUAAAACAACAGUGAUGCAUCUGGUGGCCAGAGAGACAUUGCCAGAGCCAAACUCACAAGGUCAGAGAAAUCGUGAAAAGACUGGCGAGAGUAACUGCUGUGUGAUCCUGUAAGGCUGUCUGCUGAGUGUGGUGCAGUUGUAGUCUUUGUCUUUCAUGCUGCUGAGACAGAAGGGACCCAACACUGCUUCAAAAACCCUUCGGAAGAGUCUGCUGGGAACUCAUGGAAUGGAACUACCGCAUAAACACUGUCUUCAUUUCUCAUGAAAAUAGAAAGAACCAAGAACAUUUUUCACUAAGAUUUUUCUGUUUCUAGUUUUUUCGUUGAUGUUCAGCAAUGUUAGAAUAUAUUGGUUUGUGAAUGCAGUCAAUCUCCAGGGGAAAAGUUAACAAGUUGCCAUUCAUUGGAGAAAUUUCGCUGCCACAAAAGUUUCCAUCACCAGAACUAACAAAUCAGAUGUUCCAAAUUACAGUUUUCACUAAAACGAUUGGCAUUAUUUUCUUCAUCAGCAGAAUUUAUUAUUUAGUUUAUGGCAACUAGGAAUAUUCAUAUACAGUCCACACUGGAAGACACUCAACAGUUAAUGAAGUUAAGCUUGUGGGCCAGCUGAGAUGGAAAAUGGAAAAGUUACUAAAAUGUUGGGUGAAUUCUACCAAAGUCAGCCGUGGCAGCUGCACUGGCACAGAAUAACUAAACUGAGUGUGACUAUUUUCACUGCAACAAAUGAAAAAAAACAAAAUGUGCCUGUUGUUUAAAGCACUCAGUCGAGGGCUGAUGAGAUGAAUUGUUUUUCCUUUAACUUGUGCACUCUUGAGUCAGACAGUAACUGAGUGCUUGUUCACACAGCACAAAAAGGGGCGAGUGUGUUUCCUAGCCUUAAUGUGGGAGGGGGAAAUUCCAAUCACUCAUAGACUUUCAUCAUUGUGCAAAGUAGUAGAAAACCUCAUUUACUCCUUAGUUUUAUGUAUUGCAAUAUUAGCAAGCUGAAGUUUUCCAUGAUUAUUGCUCAUCUGUAAUUGUGUCCAGUAUCUUACUCAUUAGAGAGUUCAGAUGAAUUCUUAAAUUUAAAAAAUUCUUCAUAGUACUAAUUUUGUUUCUCUGUGUAGUUUGCAUUUGAUAUUAGUGCUUGCAAUUGUAUUAAAAUUGAAAGGUAAUUUUUAAGGCAUACAUGGAUAAGGAUGCCAUGUUUUUGUUUUAUACCAAUAAUUUAAAAAUUGAUAUGCUAAAAAACAAUUUGCACAGUACUAAAGCAUGACUAGUUUCAUCUAAAUCUGUAAAAAUAUAAAAGAUUUUAUAUUUUUUCACUGGGAAGAAAUUCUUCCUGGAUGAAAUUACAAAUAUGUGUAGAAUAUAUUUAAUAAAAAACUUAUAAAAUACCGAAAUAUAGAACAUAAAUAUAGAUUGGCGUGUAGUAUAUAGAACAGUAUUCCAUAUACAUAACUUUAGCCUUUUUAAAAAAAGAAAUUGCAGGCUGACAUUAAGUUCUGUAACUUAGUAAGUGUCCACAGCCCUUACAAACAUUAAAUGUAAAUUGUUUCAAAUGGUCAGCUCUGUUUGAAAGUGAAUCAGGUUAUUUCAUUUAUGUUACUGCUUUGAUGAACAGGCUUUAUAUGCAGUAGACCUACAGAAAUAUUGUUCAUACUGAUCAGAAUUAAAUUUGUAUAGAGCAGAGUUUUAAAAUGAAUGUAAAUAGCACUAAACAGUUUCUUUCUGUAACCUGUACUUGUAGAUUCUUUCUGUAAAACUAAAUUAAAAAUUAUAGUGCAUUUCAGUGGUAAUUUUAAAGGUCUUGAUUAGGUCAAUAAUUGUUUAAGGUCUGUCUCAUCCAUGUUAAAUUGUUUUCUGCUUUUAUUUCUGAAUCUUUUUAAAUCCAUGUAACUCUUUAUGCUGUUGUUGGUUUGGAGCGUGUUCCCAGUGUGUCUCUGAUAUCUCAUCUGGCUAAUGUGUGCAAGUCACAACAUUGGGUAGACUUGUGUAGUCUUUGUAAUCACUAAAAUGUCAUACUCACAGGAUGUUCAAUAUUUAUAUGCUUUGUUGGCUAGCUCAAAUGUGAAUUCCGUUACAAUUUACUAAAGACAAAAUUUAGUAGUUCCUCAAUUGGGUAAUUAAGCCAUUCAUGGCUCUCUUUUUUAUAAAGCAAACUACUUUAAUUCUUUGUAAUACCUGUUUUCAUUCUAACUACUCUUUCUGUUUUCUCAGAGUUAAAGACUAUCAAUUAACUAUCAGUUAAUUGUGAUUGAUGGUUAAGAAUUUCCUUGAUUGGUUUUCAGUAUAUUUUUCUGUGUUCCCAGAUUAUAAAUUUCCCUUUCACAAAACCUCAUUUUAGAGUUUUCAAAAAGGACAAACUGGUUGACUAAUAAGAUUGAAUGAUAUCACACAAUACCUAAUACCACUGUUGUGCAAAAUGAAAAAUAGAAUAAAGGUUAACAGUAAAAUUAUUUACUGAAAGCACCAAAAAUUUAGAUGCCUUAAUAGUACAUACAUGAAAAUACUAUCCCUUUUAAAAUAGUUCCCUGGACUGCCUGGAGGUCAGAAUUUGGUUGCUUUUUUUCUAAGGCUACUACUGGAGAUCCUCUGCCAAAAUUAAUAGCUCCCCAGUCCAAAGGUGAAUGCCACAUAGAUCCAAUAAUGUAAAUAUAAAUAAUGUCCGAAUGUAGGGCCUGUGACCCUGCUGAAUAUCCAACUCAGAUAUUUUAACGUAAAUUGCCCUAGACCUUGUUAACUAUUCUGGACAAAGCAGAAGCUGUCAUCAUUAUUAAUACCUUCAGCAUGUCUCAUUGAUCUGAAUUAUUUGCUUUUUCCUGAAGAUAAGUUGUAUCUUAUCAUGAGAAAUAUAGUACCUAACAUCAUUCAUACUAAAUGAGGUUUUCUCUUAACCAACACUUGCCCUUAGUUUUAUGUCAUCUUGACCAAUGUUCUAGUAAUUUCUGUUAGCUGAUUGUGGUAAACAAUGUUUAAUGUGAAAAGAAAUUAAAACUUUCUUCAUCUGUUGUAGAAUA